AGCGCGAGCGAGCAGCAGUUGGCUAUCAGCUGUCUUUGCUGUCUGCCGCUCGGCACCGCACGGCACCGCACGGCUAGAGGGCCCGGCAGCACAGCCAGCACUGCCGGCACCAGCACUGCGCAGCGCGAGUGGCACGGAGCUCACGGAGCGGCCCGCGGAGUGGCAGCGCGUCCCCGCGAUUUCGUGACGAGCACGCACGCACGCACGCACGCGGCAACAUGGCGGCCGCCAUCCUGUUCAACACCAUCGCGCACGCCACCACGCUGUUCUACUAUGUGCACAUCCUGCGCGCCAUCGCCGCCAUCCAGGCCGAGCCCACCUCCACCAUCGUGCGCGACUUCAUGGACUUCAAGACCAAGUUCUUCACCAUGUGGGGCGUGGCCGCCCAGCUGGUGCUGUUCGCGCUGUGCGUGCUGCACGACGUCGCCCGCCUGCUCCCGGCCGACAACGCGGUGCGGCGCGGCGCGCGGAGCCUGCGCGACCUCAUCCUGGUGGCGGUGGCCGCCCCGGGGGCCUUGACGGUCUCGGCUAUGUUCUGGAGCCUCUUCAAGCUGGACCGCAACAUGGUGAUGCCCGCCGAGCUGGACGCCCUGAUCCCGACGUGGCUCAACCACACCAUGCACACCUUCGUCGUGGUCCUGGUGGUGGUGCAGAUGCUGGCCGAGCCGCACUACGCGCCGUCCAAGACCGCCACACUCACCGUCGGCACCUUCUUCACCGUGGCCUAUAACUCCGUGUUCUUCUACGAGUACUGGCUGUCGCGCCGCUGGAUUUACCCCGUUUUCUCGAUCCUCUCCUGGCCGGGCCGCGUGGCCCUCAUCGGCUUCACGUCGGUCAUGUUCCUCACCCUGUCGCUGGUCGUCAGGUCCUUCGUCAAGACGCGCUGGGGUCCCCCUCCCAAGAUCAGCCACAAAUCCACCAAGAAGCAGAAUUAAGACUGACACGACCACAUUGUUGUUACCCUUUCAAAAUCGUUAUGUUAAUAAAUUUUAUUUUUUGUUAUGAAA